UGUUGACAGCUCGCAGGAAGCUCCGGCCGGUGACCCGCCCUGAGGUUUGAUUUCUGCCCUUUUUCCUCGAAACAAACGGGUUAAAGCUGCUGGUUCGGUCCCGUGAAGGAGGAAGAUCCGCGGCUGCAGCUCCACCAAGGACCGGGAUGGAGGACUUCCACAGUGGCGCCGAGGGCUCGUUCAACUCGGAAGAAGCUGAAAGCAUCGUUAAAGAGUGCAUCGAGGGCGUGGUCGGCACCGACGACUACAGCCAGAACCUGGUGAACAAGUGGACCGCCGGCAUCGUGGAGCGCUGCCUCACCCAGCUGGUGAAGCAGGGGAAGCCCUACAAGUUCAUCGUGACGUGUGCGGUGAUGCAGAAGACGGGCGCCGGCCUCCACACGGCUAACUCCUCCUACUGGGACACGACCUCGGACGGAAGCUGCACCGUCAGGUGGGAGAACCGGACCAUGUACUGCGUGGUCAGCGUGUUCGCCGUGGCCGUGUAGCCCCGCCCCCAACACACACACACACACACACACACACACACACACACACACACACACACACACACACACACACACACACACACACACCGGCCAGCAGGGGGCGUC